CCAUGCUUUGAAAACGACAAGCCAAAGCUGUGACUGGCUAUUGUGACUGUUUCUACUGAAGCGGGCAAAAUUUCAGAUUUUGCAAAAACCUGCUGCAGUAGAACCUGAAAAAGUGCAGUAUAUAGUUCUCUGUUCAACUCGGUCAUGGCAGCUAAAAGAAAAGUGCCCACAAAGAAAGGAAAGGUAACUUCCUUCAAGGACGACGAAAAGAAGCCUUUCAGUAAGGGAAAGCAACAUGGAUCCAAGUUCGGGAAGAAGAAUGUUGACGAAAAGCCCAUGUCAACCACAAAGGCGAAAAAGAAGGAAUUUCAAGCAAAACGAUAUAACAAAAAGACCAAGAAAACCGAAGAAGAUGAUGAAGACUCCGAAUUUGAAGUCGUACCCAACAAUACGACCAAACCCUCGAAAUCCACUGGAAGCAAUGCUGCGAACACUGAUUACAACUCGGAUGACGACUCCGACGACGAUGGUGCUGUCGACAUGUUUGGAUCCGCCGGUACCAAGUCAGCUAAAGGAGAUCUGGAACAUAAUGAGGAUGGUGAUGAUGUUGUAGACGGAGAAGGUCAAGAUUCGGAUAACUCUGAUGACGAUGACAAGUUUAUUGCCGCUGAGAACUUGAAUGCCAAUCGCAAGAAGAAGAAGUCUGGUGGUUUCCAGUCUAUGGGUUUGAGCCAAAAUGUCUUUAAAGCCAUCUCUCACAAGGGUUUCAAGGUACCAACACCAAUUCAGCGCAAGUGCGUACCUAUCAUCAUGGAAGGAAACGAUGUCGUCGGAAUGGCAAGAACAGGUUCAGGAAAAACAGCUGCCUUCCUUAUUCCAAUGCUGGAAAAACUUAAAACGCAUUCAGCUAAGGUUGGCGCCCGUGCAAUCGUCUUAUCACCAUCUCGUGAACUUGCUCUGCAGACGCAGAAGGUUGCCAAGGAACUUGGAAAGUACACGGACCUCAGAAGCUGUAUUAUUGUCGGUGGUGAUAGUUUGGAAGAACAGUUCUCCAUGAUUGCGUCCAAUCCCGACAUCAUCAUUGCUACACCAGGAAGAUUGCUCCAUCUUAUUGUUGAAAUGAAUCUCGAUAUCAAGACUGUGGAAUAUGUUGUUUUUGAUGAAGCCGAUCGUUUGUUCGAAAUGGGUUUCGCUGUUCAGCUCCAUGAAAUUUUGUCUCGUCUUCCUCAAAGCAGACAAACACUUUUGUUUUCCGCCACACUUCCUAAGCUUCUCGUUGACUUUGCCAAAGCUGGUCUUCAGGAUCCUACAUUGGUACGUUUAGAUGUGGAUACCAAGAUCAGCAAAGAUCUUGAAAUGGCUUUCUUCAACAUCAAGCAACAGGAAAAGGAAGCAGCGCUGCUCUAUAUCCUUCGAAAUGUUAUCAAGCUUUCGAAAACCACACCUUAUGCUGCCGAUACGAAUGCUGAACAGGAUAAGAAAAAGAAGAAGUUCAAGAAGCCAGUCAAUAUGGGAGACCUUCAUCAGACCAUUGUUUUCGCUUCCACUAAGCAUCAUGUCGAAUAUCUUGCCAAUUUGCUGAUGUUGGUAGGAUAUCAAGUUUCAUAUGUCUACGGUACACUGGAUCAAACCGCUCGUCACAUUCAGAUUAACAACUUCCGUAACGGAAUCUCCAAUAUCAUGGUUGUCACAGACGUUGCUGCUCGUGGUAUUGAUAUUCCUAUUUUGGAGAACGUCAUUAACUAUGACUUUGUCGAUUCAUCAAAGGUGUUUAUUCAUCGUGUUGGUCGUGCUGCUCGUGCUGGUCGUCGUGGUUGGGCAUACUCUCUCAUUACUCCAGAGGAACUUCCUUACCUUAUGGAUCUCCAACUCUUUUUGUCUCGCAAACUCGUGUGUGGAAAUACUGAAGCCAACGAAAAGGGAUACGACUUUACUAGCGAUAUCAUAAUGGGAAGUGUACCACGCGAGCUUAUCGAUGAUGACUCCGAAUGGGUGCGAUCUCGUGUUGCUGCAGAUGCUGAGCUGACAGGACACCAGCAAACUGCCAUCAAUGGUUACAAACUGUACUGCCGAACACGCCCUAGUGCAGCUGCUGAGAGUUAUACACGAGCCAAAGAACUUUUGAAGUCUUUGAAUAUCAAAGAUCCACAUCCUUUGGUAGUUCACGACUUGAAUACUGCAUCUCAGCAAUCUCGGUCAGCCUUACUCUCGUCUAUCACCAACUUCAGACCACAAGAAACCAUUUUCGAGGUUGGUCAGAGAGGAACCAGAAAGACUUCAGAAGCUACAAUGAUCAUGCGCUCACGCCGCAAGGCUGUCUCCAAGGUCAUUGAUGCGCACAAAUCCCGACAAGCGGAGAAGACUCAGAACGUGUUGGAUACUUUUACGGGCCCAGAAAAUAAUGGCGACGAAGCAGAUACCCAUGUUAACCUUGGAGGCGACGUUGAUGAUGAGGAAUUGAUGAACACUUUCAAGAUGACGGAUGAAAAGCCUGUCCGAAAGUUUCAGCCUGCCACCCCAAGCAACAAGAGCAAGAAGCCAGCUAGCUAUAAGGAUUCAGAAUUCUAUAUGUCAUAUACUCAAGCUGAUGCUAACACAGAGAAGGGAUACUCGAUGAAUUCCUCUGGAAACUUUGCGGAACAAGCUGCAAAGGCUAGUUUGGACCUUGUUGGUGACGAGCGUGAGACGAUGACCCAGAAGAAGAACCAGUUGAGAUGGGAUUCAAAGAAAAAGAAAUUCGUCCAAGGCACUGGUAUAGGUUCAGACAACAAGAAGAUGAUUCGAACAGAAAGUGGAGCGUUGAUCUCAGCCAGUUUCAAGAGUGGAAGAUUUGAUGACUGGAGUAAGAAGACCAAAUUGGCCAUCCCACGCGCUGGUGAGCAAGAACUUUCCACGGCCAAAAACAAAAUGGGACAAAAGCGUUAUAGACACACAGCAACCCAAGAAGCCAAACCUUUGGAUCCAAAAGCAAUGGAUUAUGAAAAUAAAUUGAAGAAGAGAAAGCGACAAGAGCAAGAAGAUCCUACUACUGAUUCACGACCUAGCAAGAAGGGAGCUUUGGGUACCAAGCGAGUAGGCACUAUGAAGAACGCUCGCAACGAACUGAAGGGAACUGAUCAGAUCAGAAGGGACCGCGCUAUGAAGGAACAGCGCCGUGAAAAGAAUGCUCGCCACAGCAAGAAGGGAAAGAAGGGAGGACGACGAUAGAUUCAUUAGUUUUUGUAAUAAAAGAUACACUUUGCUAUAGCCGAGGGCAUGCGGAAUUUCAAUUUCCAGCUGACGCAAAAAAGUCACUUUUCGC